AUGAACAAGAACGCCAUGGAAGGGCAGGUAGUCUUUCUCACCGGAGCCGGAUCCGGAAUUGGAAGGGCAACAGCACUCAAGCUCAGCAAAUUAGGAGCACGUCUGGCACUCAGCGACAUCAACAUAGAAGCCUGUCGAGAAACAGCCAAGCAAUGCGCUGGAGGUCCUCACCAAGUCACACUGUUGAAUGUAGCAGAGUACAAGCGAUGCAUCGAGACCAUCAAGGACGCAAUAGGCUACUUUGGCCGUAUCGACCAUGUGUUCAACUGUGCGGGUAUUAAUCCUACCGCUCGUUAUUUGGUCGACUGCUCUGAGGAUUACUUCGACAAGCUGGUUUCUGUGAACCUCAAGGGCGUGUACAACGUCACCAAGGCCACGAUUCCUUACCUGCGAUCUGGUAGUGCUAUCGUCAAUGUCUCUUCUAUCUGUGGCAUUCACCCUCACAAGCAAAUGGCCAUCUACUGCGCUACCAAAUACGCCAUUAUCGGGUUCUCAAAGUCUAUGGCGCUUGAGCUGGGUCCCAAGGGCAUCCGCGUCAAUGUUGUUGCUCCUGGAUACAUCGAGACACCCACAAAUGCUAGCGUUGUGGCUGGUGAAGAAGCUCUGAAGAAGACCACUGAGCAGAUAGCCAUUGGUCGUAUGGGCAAAGCUAGCGAGAUUGCUGACGUUGUGGCUUUCCUCAUGAGUGAUGAGAGCAAGUACAUGAACGGAUCUGUUGUUGAGGUCAAUGGCGGUACUGGAUAG